GUUUUUGAAUAGAGUCACGUAAGGAACCUUAAAACGUUCGAUUUUAUAAAUUUCGUUUAACAUCUAAGCUUGAAACGCUGUAAAAUGCAAAAAGAACUUUUUGUUCUAAAAUACGGUAUAAAACUGUAAACUCAAAAACUCAUGGCCUCAUUCGUAAAUAUCAUUUUUUAAGGUACCCAGAGACGUAUUACCCCCAGAGAUAUAGACAUAAGAAGGUACCUAAAAAAACUCAUUUUAAAAAAGUUGAUGAUUUAUGUUAUGCCAUUUUAUUUUUUUAAUUUUUUACGUUGUUCCCAGAGAUAUAAGGUUGUUCCAUCCCCAUUUUUGACAUAUGCCAUAUUUGACUGAAAACUCGUUGGAAAACGACAGAAAUAAUGUCAAUUUCGUUCAAAUUUUCUAGUUUAUGAUUUUAUUAAAUUUCAUUGUUUUAUGUUAUAGUAUACUGUAUAAUCAUUAUUUUACUAAUUUUAAGCUGGCGCUUGUGCUUGUUUACUAGAGUCGAGUAAAUUAUUGUGUGAAAAUAGAAGUAUAUUAGUUACUUUUAGGUUAAAAAGAAUUUUUACCGCUAGCCAUAAUCAUGAUAAAUUCGAGUUCUGUAGUAAAUCCUACUAUAGAAACCACCCAAAUUCCUAUUCAAAAAAUGGAAGUAGCUGCUAGACAUGUGGAUAGGUCACUUGCUAUGGAUUCUGGUGCCCCUAGACUUAUAGAUCUUAUGAAUAUCAAUCCUCAGAGUGGGUCUACCGCCAGUGGUUUGAUAGAUCAUGAUUACCCCUCAUUAAAUGGGAUGCCUUUGGCGUUAAGUAAUUUAACUCAAAUUAAAACAAUAAAUAAUGUUCCGCUACCGCCAGAAAUUGUAGACCAUUUUAGUCAUGUACAGUGCCAUUGUAUGAUGGGAAUAUUUCCAGAAAUAAAUCGUGCUUGGCUAACAGUAGACAGUGAUAUCUACAUUUGGACUUACGAAGAAAAUACUGAUUUAGCCUAUUUUGAUGGCAUAAAUGAAACAAUUUUAUGUGUUGGGUUAAUAAAGCCAAAGCCUGGCGUAUUUCAUGCUUUUAUUAAGUACUUAUUGGUUUUAACAACUGCAGUUGAUAUUGUUGUGCUGGGUGUUACUUUUACUGAAGGUAGUACUAGUGGCUUGGAAGAGAUUCAGUUAAUAUCUGACCCUGUUUUUACACUCCCAACUGAUGGAAAUACUAUUACUACUAUUGCUGCAACUGCAAAUGGCAGGCUAUUUGUUGGAAGCAAGGAAGGAUCGUUAUUUGAAAUAUCUUAUCAGGCUGAAAGUGGUUGGUUUGGAAAACGCUGUAAAAUGAUUAAUCUUUCCACAAGUGCAUUAUCAUUUUUGGUACCUUCAUUUUUGAAUGCUGCUCUUAGCGAAGAAGACAGUAUCGUUCAAAUUGCUAUUGAUGACAGCAGAAAUAUAAUGUAUACUUUAACAGAAAAGGGAUCAAUUGAAGUAUGUGAUUUAGGAGAGAAAUGCAACACUUUCUCAAGGAUUAGUAAAAUGACACAGAACACUUUAGUUACUCAAGCAAUGAAUACUGUCAAGACAUUAGAUAGUCAAAAUUUUAGACCAAUCAUUAGUAUUUCUCCGAUUGAGUCUUAUGAAUCUGCAAACCUAAAUCUUGUAGCUGUCACUCAAACAGGUGUUAGAUUUUAUCUAUCAGUUGUAGGAUUAUCUAAUCAACAGCCUAAUCAGAGGCCUUAUACAUUAACUUUAGCUCAUGUUAGAUUGCCACCAGGUUAUUCAGCCAAUGUUACUGUUAGGCCAAGAAGUGUUCAUAUGAGUCACUACAGAGACAGAAACUUGAUUUUAAUAUCCAAUGUAAAAGAUAAGGAUGUUUUGUGGUGUUUAAGUUCUGACUUAUUUCCCUUCAGUCAGUCUUUAAUGGAAGCUUAUACUACAGUUAAUUUAGAUGGCCCAGCUCUAGCUUUAGCAGAGGUGCGACACAAUAAUUAUUUGCAAAUAAGCCCAGAUCAACAAGAAGCUCCACCUUUAGUAGUAAGACAACAUGGGGAAGCUCCUAAAAAAUAUGUAGUGCUAACGUCACAUAGUGUACAAAUAUUUAUAAAACUAAGACCUGUAGAUUUGCUUCGACAAAUUUUAAGAGAUAGUCACGGCCAAGACACAGAAGCUCUUAGAGCAUUUUUUAUGAUUCAAAAAGAAAGCCAGGCGUGUGCCACAAGCUUAAUUUUGGCUUCCUUGGAAAGUGAAGAGAAUGCCGAAAUUGCUGAAUUGGCCACUAGGGCAUUUUUUAUGUUUGGAGGUGAACCAAAAAUUUCACCCCUUAAUCAGACUAAUGUUUUCUCAGGUACCACAAUGUUUUCACCUAAUAUAAUAUCUACUCCCGCACCUCCACAAUAUCAGCAAAGUGGCUUCUUACCUCAGUCGCCUGGUGGAGCCUAUUCUCAAUCAGGAUAUUUACAAGGUAGUUUUUCUCAAAGUAUUCCGCAGCAGACAUUCGAUCCUGCAAACUUGAUUAGUUAUUCAAAUAAACACAAUGGUCUGUAUUUGUAUUUGGGUCGAAUAUUGAGACCAGUCUGGAAUAGGAGAUGUGUAGAGAGAAUCUGUCCAGAUGGGAAAACUGUUCUGAACCAAAGUACUAUUACUGUUGAAGAUUGUGUCCAGAUUCUUAACAAUUUGACAGCACUUCACAAUUUUCUGUCCUUAAAUACACAACUUUCAACAACAUAUAAUGCAUCUACUCAAUAUAAUUCAACAAUUAAGGCUAACUCUCUAACGACAUCUCAUAUGAAUCCUACUCCUCAGGAUAUACAGGUAGAAGAGAGGCAUUCGUUAGAUGCUUUAAAAACUUUUGUUUGUCAUUGUUGUCAAAUAAUCGGUCUAUGGAGGAUACUUUGUGAUCAUCAAUUUCACGAAUUAGUUGGAUCUUUACCUGAAAACCAACAACAGAUUCUUCAGAGUAUAACUUUUAAAGAAUUAUUUUUAUACAGGCAAGAUAUUUGUAGUGUUUUGAUUACCACCCUUGUGAAUAGUUAUCUCGGAGAUAAUGCUUCUGUUGAUUCAAUAAGUAACAAAUUGAUGGAAGUAUGUCCUCAUUUAUACAAACCAGAAGAUGCUGCAUUUUCAAAGGCAAGCGAAUUAUUAAAAACCACUAGGACAAUACAAAAUACAGAUGAGAAGGAAGAAAUGCUAGUAUCUGCAUUACAGUUAUGUAAAAAUAUAGCUCCUAAUGUAAAUCUACCUGAAGUUUGUAAGCAAUUUACAACAUUGAAAGCUUACAAGGCUGUUAUAGAAUUGUGUGCUUUUUGUGCACAUAAAUUAGAUCCAGAUAAUAUUGGUGGAAACUUUUAUAAUAGUGAUGACAACGCUGGAGAUCAAGAAGGUUUUAGUUACUAUCAGAGAAGGAUGGAAAUAUAUAGAGAAAUAGUAGUAAUGUUGGAGACACUUUACAAUGAACAAGAGCCAAUUGUCAAGCAGAAUUUUGAACCAGAUUAUUCAAAUAGCAAAUCUGUUCUUUUAGAAGGAAUGGGAGAAACUAAGUUAGAUACUACUUUACAUCAAAUAAUAGAUGAAAUCUUGUUUUAUGAUGAUGAAUUAAUGCAUAUAGCUCUUUAUGAGUGGAUGGUUAGUAAACAGAUGACCAACGAUCUGAUUAAAAUCGGUAAACCUUCAUUGGAAAAUUACCUCAAACGUACAUCUAUUCAGACGCCAGAUAAUAUCGCUGUAAUGGAUCUUUUAUGGAAAUUUUAUGAAAGCAAUAAUAACCAUGCGGCAGCUGCCAAAAUAUUAAACAAUUUAGCCUCGAGAACCGGACAUAGUGUGACCCUAAAAGAACGGAUAGUGUAUUUAGCGCGAGCCAUCAUGUGUAUGCGUAGUGACAAAGUCGGUUAUGCACCAUAUUUAGGAGUUUUCUUAAGAGAUUUAGAGGAUAAAAUGGAGGUGGCCAAAGUACAAGAACUUAUUUUAGACCAAAUAACUAAUAUGCGAGAUCAGAUUCCUAACUCAAAAGAAGCAAUUGCUGCAUUAAAUAGUGGAUUAUAUGAAAUAUCUCAGCUUUAUGAGAACUUUGCGGAACCAUUCAGUCUUUUAGAAUGCCAGUUAGCUAUUAUUGAUUGUGCAGGAUAUACUGAAAGUGAUAAUGCUUUAGUAAAAUCAAUAUGGCAACAAAUUCUAGCUAAUGAACUGAGAAAGUCUUCAGGUAGUGGCACUGAUAGGAUGAGUCAGGUUCUAAGUAAAGUAAAACAUUUAGCAAGACAAUACAUUAACUCAAAUAAUUGUUUUCCACUUGCUUAUAUAGUGGGAGAAUUAGAAAUGGUUAAUGCAAAACUUAAAGGAGAUAAACAUUUGGUAUCAACUAUGUUAGCAUCCGUGAAUAUUCCAUUUGAAAGGUUAAUUCAAGUAUACAACCAUUUAAUUACUUUGUCAGUAAAUUUGGAUUUCUGGCAAAGUGAAGAAAAUGAAUUUCAUUUGUCUGAAGCAACGGCUGCAUUAAUAACGUGUUUUUUAAAUAACCACGAUUCAUUUAAUAGUGUGGAAAAGCGAAAAAUUACUGCCAUUUGCCAAGAUACAGUAGCAGCAUUAUUAUCAAAUCUUUACAGUAAAGCGAAUAGCGAUCACGUUGUUAACCGCAUCAGAUCAAUUCAAGCAAAACUGUCCCGAAUUUGAUAUGGUAUAAUUAAACUUAUGUUGUUUUGAAACAGAGUUUAUAAAAUAAGGCUGAUUUUUUGUUAGCUGAUUUGAUAAUUUUUAAGAAAUAAUUUAAUGCCUACAAUGACUGCCAAAUCAUGUUUUUUUAAACUUUUCUUUCUUAUUUAUUAUAUCACUUUUUAAAAUGUAUUUAUGUUUUUUAAUUUGUAUAAGAAUGAAAAAAUUUCUUUCUCUUUGUAAUGUUAUACUCUGCUUUAGAAUAUGAUUAAGUAUAAUAUAAUAAAAUUAUGUAAACUUUUAAUAUCAAUGGUUAAGUAAGCAAUAUACAAGGUCAGUUUUUUA